ACCCCUAAGCCAUACUGUACUGUACAGGACAGAGUAGACGCGAGUUGCUAUUGAAUUCAAACGUAUUCUAUCCAACAAGAAGAAGAUGGGAGGCCCAAGCAAAAAGCAAAAGCAAACAAGAAGCUAUCUCUUCUCUUCUUCUCUCGAGCAAACAGUAAACAUACAAAACAAAGCAGCUAGUAGCCUAGUAGUAGCAGUACCAUUACUUAUUAUUAUUGCAAUAACAUGAUUUUAUUGCUUGCUUGAUUUCUUUCCAGUAAAUACCAUCUUGCUUACAUAAGUUAGCUUCUCCCCAUUUCCCUUGUUUUUGUUCUUUUCCACUCUACAAAAGGGAAGGGAAGUCGGUGAUCAUGUGUUCCGUGGCAGUGAUAUUCGGUGGUGGCUUUGUUUCUGGCCUGCUCACUCUUGUUGCUUUACAAGCUCUGGGUGUUUACUUCUUUAUUAAAAGAUUGAAUCGAAAGACUCAUCUUCAACCACAACAACAAGCAUCACAUUCUUCUUCUCCUCAUCAAGACCUCGAUCCCCAACAGUCCCUUUAUUAUGCCUUUAACAAGAAGGGAAUUGUCUGGGUUCUUGAAUCAGAUAAGGUUCCCGGGAAUUGGCCUGUGGAAAAAGUACCAAAAGAUCAAAAGAGGAAAAGGGAGAUCCUUGAGGUUACUCCCAUUCGAAAACAUGCAAACAUCAAGGACAGGUCACUUAUUUUGACAGAUUCAGGUGGUUCACAUAGAGCUAUCCCUUUGACAGGUUGUGUGAUAGAAGCCGUUUCUGCUACAAGCCUUCCCUCAAGAAAAUGGGCCGAAAGAUUUCCGAUAAAAGUGGAAAGCAAAACUUCACCAAUAUAUAAUGCAAGUAAGACAGUGUUUAUUUUUCUUGAGACGUCCUGGGAGAAGGAGUCAUGGUGCAAAGCCCUGCGUCUUGCUUCAAGUGAUGACCAAGAAAAACUCAACUGGUUCACCAAUUUGAAUGAAGAUUUCCACCGUUAUUUGACAUCCUUAAAUACAGGAUACCCUUCAUUUAUGAAACCUUCAGUUGGGUUCUAUGCUGAGCCAAUAGAUAGGGCUAGUAGUAGGCUUGAUGGUUCUGAAUCGAAGGUUCUCCUGUUUUGGAAAAAGCUUGCCAGAAAGGCAUCAAAGACUAGUGUCGAAAAUAAGGUGACUUCCUUGUUAGGCCGUGAAGAGAGAAAGAUUAAUGAUAAAUAUCAUCCAUCCCAGGACCCAGCUUUUGCUGGUAGUGUGGGAAAGAAUGCUCCAACAUUAAAGGAUCCUAUCAUCUCUGAAGAAGAAAAUGUAGCAUUACCUUCACCGUCAACCUUUUCUCGUGCAUCAAGCCAAAGCCAGAUCUCCACCAUUUCUAAUACAGACACUGAUGAAAAGUUAAAUAUUGAUGAGGGAUCACUCUGCUGGAAUUUGAUUAUUUCUCGGCUCUUUUUUGAUGCCAAAAGCAAUGCCAAGAUGAAGAGUUUAGCGCAAGCAUGGAUUCAGGGAACAUUGUCCAAUAUGAGGACCCCCAGUUACAUUGGUGAAGUCAUAUGCACUGAUCUAGAACUUGGAAAUCUUCCACCAUAUAUUGAUGGUAUUAGGGUUCUUCCUACAGACAUGAACGAAGUAUGGGCAUGGGAAUUUGACAUCGAAUAUUGUGGUGGGGUGGUGCCAGGUAUUGAAACAAGACUGGAAGUUCGUGACCUAGUUAUGGAGAAAGGUGUGGUGAAUACAGACUCAGGAUCCAGCUCUAUUAGGGAUGUUUCUUCAGACCUUCUGGAAGGUUUUGAACAUCUUGGAGAGCAGUUGAAUCUUUCUGAAGGGACUGUCGAUUCACAUGAAUGGAAGGAUGAGGGUAAUACUAAGCCUGAUAAAUUAAAGGACUCUAAAAGUGGUGCAUCAACAUCAACCGAUUUAUCUAGGUGGAAGUCCAUUCUUAAUUCUGUCGCGAAACAGGUUCUGCAGGUGCCACUUUCAUUGUCAAUAAGGGUCGCAUCUCUUCGUGGAACGGUGAGAUUACAUAUUAAGCCACCUCCUUCUGAUCAGUUAUGGUUUGGCUUCACAUCCAUGCCUGAUGUGGAGUUUGAGUUGGAGUCUUCUGUUGGGGAACACAAGAUCACCAGUGGACAAGUAGCUUCGUUCCUGAUUAAUAAAUUUAAGGCUGCGAUCCGCGAGACGAUGGUUCUCCCAAACUGUGAAAGUGUUUGCAUCCCCGGGAUGUUAGCAGAGAAGAAUGACUGGGUCCCUCGAAAUGCUGCUCCUUUUAUAUGGAUUAAUCAAGAAGCCGCUAGUGAUAAUGACAUUGAACUUGAGCUCUUGAACUCCCAACUUGAUGCAAAAACCAAUAUUGAAGUUAGCAGAGGAACCUCACUUGAUCAUCCAGAAAGCAAGCAUCAAAAAGCUGAAAAUGUUCAACAGUCAUUUUCUGAUUAUUCAGAUGCAUUGCCACGCGCAUUAAGCUCUAACAAGCCAUCAAUGAAAAAUGACAAAUCAUCGCAAGAUCUAACAAGUCCUUUGUUGACAAUCAGUGAAGCACAAGAAACUGGCCGAGGAAGCAGUGGAUAUAUCUCGGAGAGUCAAUCACUACUGUCUAGGUCUCUUCUAACUCUGGAGAAACAGACUCAUGCUGUUGAAGAAAUACCUAAGAAAAUGGGAAGAAGAGCGAAGAUGCUUGAUCUAGGGAAGAAGAUGGGGGAGAAAUUCGAAGAAAAGAGGCGGCAUAUUGAAGAAAAGGGAAGGAACAUCGUUGACAAGAUGCGAGGACCAUGAAAAUGCAAAACAACUAGAGAUUGUUGGGUGAGACAAAAUGGUGUCAAGUGCUUUUGUACUCAUAGUGGAAUGAAGGCAUCGAUUAAUUCACAUAGAUGAUUCUGUUUUGUGGUGCUGAAAAGUCCUUGGGUACAGAUAUUCAUUCAUGAAGAACAGGCUACAAUAGUGCCCGUAUAGAAGAGCAACUCCAGACCUUGAUUUUAUGUAAAUAGGACUUUGUUGUGGGAGUGACAUGACUAGUUAGAGUAAGGGGUUUUAAUAAUGCUUUGUUUUAUUUUUUUCAUUAUUUUUUUUUAAUUUUAUUAUUAAAUAUUAAUUUUAUUUUUUAUUAAGUUAUCACACUUAUCAUGUAUUUCACAAGUUAAUUGAUGUGUUAACCUGAUUGAUUAAA